CGCACUCCGGGCUCCGCGCUGAACCAGUGCCACCGCCUCCUCCGCCCCCGGCUCCCCCUGCCCCGGGCUCCCCCGGCCCGCCCCCCAUGGCGGAGACCAAGAUCAUCUACCACAUGGACGAGGAGGAGACGCCCUACCUGGUCAAGCUGCCGGUGGCCCCCGAGCGGGUCACGCUGGCGGACUUCAAGAGCGUGCUCAGCAACCGGCCGGCUCACUGCUACAAGUUCUUCUUCAAGUCCAUGGACCAGGACUUCGGGGUGGUAAAGGAAGAGAUUUCUGAUGACAAUGCCAAGCUACCCUGUUUUAAUGGAAGAGUGGUCUCCUGGCUGGUCCUGGCGGAGAAUUCCCACUCCGAUGCUGGAUCUCAGUGCACCGAGAGCCACACAGACCUGCCCCCGCCCAUUGAACGGACCGGGGGCAUUGGGGACUCCCGGCCACCCUCCUUUCACCCCAACGCUGCCAGCAGCCGAGACGGGCUGGACAAUGAGACCGGCACGGAGUCUGUGGUCAGCCACCGGCGGGACCGGCACCGGCGGCGGAACCGGGAGGGCCACGAAGAUGGCCCUCGGAUCAAUGGGCACCCAAAGCUGGAGCGUCGCCGCGAGCCCGGCACCUUUGAUAGUGCUUCCACCGUGCUGAGCAGCGAGCUGGAGUCCAGCAGCUUUAUUGACUCGGAGGAUGAGGACACCAGCAGGCUGAGCAGCUCCACUGAGCAGAGCACAUCAUCCCGGCUCAUUCGGAAGCACAAACGCCGGAGGAGAAAACAAAGAAUGCGCCAGAUUGACCGGUCCUCCUCCUUCAGCAGCAUCACGGACUCUACCAUGUCUCUGAACAUCAUCACGGUCACACUCAACAUGGAGAAAUACAACUUCCUGGGCAUCAGCAUCGUCGGGCAGAGCAAUGACCGGGGAGAUGGCGGCAUCUACAUUGGCUCGAUCAUGAAGGGUGGAGCGGUGGCUGCUGAUGGCCGAAUUGAGCCUGGGGACAUGCUGUUGCAGGUGAAUGAUGUCAACUUUGAGAAUAUGAGCAACGAUGAUGCUGUGCGGGUCCUGAGAGAAAUCGUCUCCAAGCCAGGACCCAUCAGCCUCACCGUGGCCAAGUGCUGGGACCCCACGCCCAGGAGCUACUUCACCAUCCCCCGGGCUGACCCGGUGCGGCCCAUCGACCCUGCCGCGUGGCUGUCGCACACGGCGGCGCUGACGGGAACGUUCCCUCGCUACGGUACGAGCCCCUCCAUGAGCACCAUCACAUCCACCAGCUCCUCACUAACAAGCUCUAUUCCUGAUGCAGAAAAACUCGAGGAAUCUGCCCUGACUGUGACGAGUGACAUGGGGGCCAUCGUGAAGGUCAUGCAGCUUCCAGACUCGGGCCUCGAGAUACGGGACCGGAUGUGGCUGAAAAUCACUAUCUCCAACGCGGUCAUCGGGGCAGAUGUGGUGGACUGGCUUUAUACACACGUGGAGGGCUUCAAAGACCGGCGGGAGGCCCGCAAGUAUGCCAGCAGCAUGCUGAAACACGGCUACCUGAGACAUACUGUGAAUAAGAUCACUUUCUCCGAGCAGUGUUAUUACGUCUUCGGUGACCUGUGCAGCAAUCUGGCGGCGCUUAACCUCAACAACGGUUCUGGCGGAGCCUCGGACCAGGACACGCUGGCCCCGCUCCCCCACCAGGCGGCCCCGUGGCCUGUGGGGCAGGGGUAUUCUUACCCCUACCCUGUGCCUCCCCCGGGCUUCCCACCUGCCUACCAGGACCCAGGCUUCAGCUAUGGGAGCGGGAGCGCAGGGAGCCAACAGAGCGAAGGAAGCAGGAGCAGCGGCUCGAACAGGAGCGCCAGCGAGAGCAGCCGGCGGGCACUGGGGCGGGAGAAGGAGCGCCGGACAGGGGCCGGGGGCAGCGGGGGCAGCAGUGAGUCGGAGCACACGGUGCGCAGUGCGGCAGGCAGUGGGGGCCGACGGGAGCGCCCACCCAGCCAGCUCAGCCGGGGCAGCAGCCCCCGGAGCCAGCUCUCCACCGGUGCCCCUGGUCUGCCCCCACUGCACCCCCUGCCCAAGGCAGGCACCAGGGCACUGGCAACGCUCAGUGGCCCCCCCGGGGGCCCACCUGUGCGCGAGCUGGCCGCAGUGCCCCCUGAGCUCACUGGCAGCCGCCAGUCCUUCCAGAAGGCUAUGGGCAACCCCUGCGAAUUCUUCGUGGACAUCAUGUAAUGGGGAAAGUGCCUUCAGACUCCUCUCUCCCUCUGGGUUCCCAUCUUUGGAGGAGAAUUUGAAGGCUUUGGUGAAAAGGACGAUAAUGGUGAUGAGUCUCCCCUAGUCAUGGAGGGAGGAAGUACCAAAUCCGCCCCCCACCUCCCUCCCACCCCUUCAGCAGGCUUGCUGAUUAGAGCCCCCUGCAAUGCUCUGCACCUGCAGAGGACAGCACCCAACCCAGAUCACUGGAAGUAAUGCUGGGGGUGGGAGGGGGGAGCUUCUCAUCAACGGCCACUGUGAUGAUGAACUUGUGUUCCUGAAGCACUCACCGUGGGGCCCCAGCCAAGGCUGUGGGAGGGACCCCAGGACUGAGGACCUGAGAGGCAGUGAAUGGGACGUAUGGGAUGACGGAGUCAGAUGAGGGGGUGGAAGCCCAGCUCUGCCACUAGCUCAAGAUGUGACCUCGGGCUAAUUAUUUUCCCUCUCGGGGCCUCAGUUUCUCUCAUCCAUACAGUUAGGGAGUAGGAGUGGACAAUCUCCAAGGUCCUCUCUAGCUCAGAAUCUUAGGCUUCCGGGGGGCUGUGUUUCUGUCUAGGGCUUUCAGUUGGCUUCUCUGCCAAAGAGCUCCCUGGAUGGGUGGGACAGGGGGCAGGGCUGCUUGGGCUCUGUCACCUACCCCCCAGGGCACAUCCGUGGAGCCUGAGAGUGCUGGAGGGAUGAGCUAGCUCAGUCCUAAGGGAGGAGGACUUUUGUAUAGGAAAGUGGAGGGCCCUAUUUUGGUCAAUUCCCUAUUGUCCAGGGUUCAUCACUUUACCUGUGGAUUACCCAGGUUUCUAUCCUGGUCGAAUCUGGUGUGUUCAUUGGGGGUGGAGUUGGGCGUUGGGAGAAGGCUUAGCCCUGUCUGUCCACAAUGACAAGCCUGUGGAGGGAGCAGGAUGACAAUGGUCUUGGCCCAUGUGGGGAGGGUGACCCUGAAGAAGUCUGUGGUUUGUCAAGCCUCUGCUUGUGGUGGCUUAUCCAUGAAUGAGAAGUGUGUCCCUCCCUACCCCCUCCCCACCUCCCCUGUGCUUGGUCUAGAGAGCUCUGCCUUCCCCUGGCAGGUCUAGCCCGUCCUGAGCCUCUUUCCUCUGUCUGGAUGCUGCCCCAGCAUCUUCUCACUCAUGUUCUCCUGUCCCCUGGGUGUCCCAGCCAAGAAGUCAGGUGGAGCCAUUCAUUGCCUGGCUGCUGCAGGGUCAGUGGUGAUUUGGGGGGAGGGGAGUGGUCACAGGGAGGUUUAGGCUCCAAUCUCCUCCCUGUUCUCCAAAUCUGAACACAAAGCUCUGGGAGUGAAAGUUGGGAUUGAUAUCAUCCCCACUCCCGCCCCCCCCAGUGAUUUGGGGUGCCCUAACAGUGCUGUUUUAUUUAUUUAUUUAUUGCACCAGGCCUUGAGGGCAGGUCCCCCUCCCCUGCAUCACUGACAGGGUCGAGGCAGACUGUAGCCAAACCCCCUCCUGCAGCUGGCCAGAGUUUCCCCUGGAUCCCCCCAGCCCAGGCCUGUAAGAUGGAGAGGAGAGCCAGGUGGCAGCAGAGGUGGGCUUUGUGCACUUAACUGGGGCUGCCAUGGGGGGAGCGUGGUCAGUGGAUGGGCCACAGCCAGAGGAUGGAAGGGCCUCUGCCCAUAAUGCGCCUUCCUGUUUGCUUCGUUUGCAUCUGACUGAAUGAGCAUGGUUUGCUUUUAAAGGACAAAAGUACUCUAGCCAGUGAUUGGCAGAAACCCACACUAGACUGUGUAUGUACAAUAAUGGAGGGGGUGAUAAAGGCGAAGCUUUUGAAAUAAUGCACACACCCUCACCCCAGGCCCUUGUCUCUGCAGUGCUCUUUCCCCUGAUCCCAGCCUGUUUUCAGGUGUGUCCAGCCCUAGCCCCCUCAUCUGUUCUCAGGUGCACCUUCUCCAGACCCUCACCUAUUCUCAGGUGUGUCCAGCCAUGACCAUUCACCUGUUUUCAGGUGCACCUUCCCCAUUCUUUACCUAGUCUCAGGUGUGCCCUGACCCUCACCGUCUCAGGAGCACCUUCCCUAGACCCUCACCUGGUCUCAGGUGCACCUU